CAAUUCGCCGGUACGACGCACCAAAACUGCGCUUGUCCGCCUGUCCUCCCCCCUUCCCGGCCCCAGCUCCUCUCGAAGACGACAGAAGAGUUCCUGUCCAGGUAGACAAGCAAACUUUCUGUUCCAACAAACAUCCCGGGAAAGCAACGCCUCUUGCGCCCGCGCCCGCGCCCGCACUCGCAUACCACCCACGCGCCCGUACGCUAGCAGAAUCCCAAUACCGUAGCCAUGGUUCACAACGAGAAGCAUGACCAGGAGGUCAACGAGAGUUUGGCGGAUGAGAAGCCCAUAGACUCGCAGCUCGAGCAGGCCCAGAUGCUCGCCGACCUGCCCGACCCAGACGCCGGCAAGACGCUGGAGGAGCGUGCCGCCAUCGACAAGAAGCUCAUGUGGAAGGUUGACCUCUGGCUUGUCCCUUGGCUUUCUCUUCUUUACCUCCUCUCGUUCCUCGACCGGACCAACAUCGGCAAUGCCCGUCUCGCCGGCAUGGAGGCCGACCUCCACAUGGAGGGCUCCGACUACAACCUGUCCCUCACCAUCUUCUUCAUCAGCUACGCCGUCUUCGAGCCCGCGACCAACGCCCUCCUCAAGCGCCUGACGCCCCGCAUCUUCUUUACCGGCAUCAUCGUCUGCUGGGGCAUCAUCAUGACCCUCAUGGGCCUGUGCUCCAACUUCUCCGGUCUGCUCGCCGCUCGUUGGUUCCUCGGCAUUGCCGAGGCCGGACUCUUCCCUGGUGUCAACUACUACCUCUCCUGCUGGUACAAGGGCUCCGAGAUCGGUGUCCGCUCCGCCGUCUUCUUCUCCGCCGCCGCCCUGGCCGGCUCGUUCGGCGGUCUGCUGGCCGCCGCCAUCGCCAAGAUGGACACCGUCGGCGGCAGGCCCGGCUGGGCUUGGAUCUUCAUCAUCGAGGGCCUGGCCACCGUCUUCGUCGGCGUCUUCUGCUGGUGGAUGGUCUUCGACUGGCCCGAGAACGCCCGCUUCCUCACCGAGGACGAGCGCAUCCGCGUGCAGCGCCGCCUCAUCGCCGACAAGCAGGGCCGCACCGCCGAGGACUUUGACAAGCGCCACAUCUACGCCGCCCUCAAGGACUGGAAGACGUACGGAUACAUGGUCAUCUACAUGGGCUGCCUCGUCCCCCUGUACGCCUUCUCCCUCUUUCUGCCCACCAUCCUGGGCGCCAUGGGCCACAAGGGCACCAAGGCCCAGCUGCUCUCCGUCCCGCCCUACGCCGUCGCCGCCGCCCUCACCGUCACCGUCGGCGUCGUUGCCGACCGCACCCGGUGGCGCGGGUACUGCAACGUCGCCACCGUCACCAUCGGGAUCGUGGGCUUCGUCCUGCUCCUCGCGUCCAGCGACCCGCAGAUCCAGUACGCCGGCACCUUCCUCGGCGCCGCCGGCAUCUACCCGACCAUCUCCAACACCCUCUCCUGGGUCAUCAACAACACCGAGGGCUCCCUCAAGCGCGCCUUCGUGCUCGGCAUGGUCGUCGGCUGGGGCAACCUCAACGGCGUCGUCUCCUCCAACAUCUACCUCAAGCGCCAGGCCCCCCGGUACUUCACCGGCCACGCCGUUGUCUUGGGCUACCAGGCCCUCUUCCUGCUCGGCGGCUCCAUCUUCAUGCACGUCGCCCUCCGGAUCGCCAACAGGAACCGCAGGGCCGGCAAGAUGGAUGCAAAGUGGGCUGCCAUGACGGACGAGCAGAGGUGGGUUGCCGGCGACGAGCGCCCCGAUUUCAUGUAUACUCUCUAAACGGACCGAUGGAAGUUUUCAAGGCGUAAAACUUGCGGCGAAGGAAGGGAGGGGGUCCUCGGGAAUCUGUUCCAAGGCUGAACACGCAUGUCUGGAUCACAUGGCGCUCUUACAGCGCUGCUUCUGUACAUUGUUUGCCUUUGCGAUGUCAAUGAUACCAUUUGUCAUCUUUUUUUUGCCAAUUGUUACAUAACACUUCGUCCC